AUGUUUGUCAACGGUACGCAAUCUAAUUUCGCCAAGCCUGCUGGUCAAGGUAUCCUGCCCAUUCCUAAAAAAUCUCGAAUUAUUAAGACUGAUAAGCCAAGACCGUUCUUGUGCCCCACAUGCACCAGGGGUUUUGUCAGACAGGAACAUUUGAAGAGACACCAGCAUUCGCACACGCGUGAGAAACCGUAUCUUUGUAUCUUUUGCGGUAGGUGUUUUGCUCGUAGAGAUCUAGUGCUUAGACAUCAGCAAAAACUUCAUGCUGCUCUUGUAGGUACGGGCGAUACCCAGCAGAGGACCCCGGCACCGAACUCCGAUUCUUCCUUUGCUUCCAAGCGCCGCCAUUCGAUGACAGCAGACGAUCCAUCUGAUCUUCAUAUCAUUAAAAUAGCUGGGAACAAAGAAACUAUUCUGCCAACGCCCAAAAAUCUCACUGGUAAGACACCUGAAGAGUUGAAGGAGGCUGUGGUUGCCUUGGCCAAAUCAAAUAAUGUAGAGCUCCCCGCGUCAGCCCCGGUAACGCACAAGAACCAAGUGAGAAUCCCGCCUUGUAAGGCAGGCUCACUAGGAUUUGGAGAAUUCAAACUCGACGUGAAAGGCCUAUCUGCUCACUCUGCAUCAAGCGAUGCUGUUGUUCAGGGGGCGCACACUCCUUCUUCCAUGCAUAAGACGAAAAGGCAUGCGUCUUUCUCUGCGUCCAGUGCAAUGACUUAUAUGUCCAAUGACAACAGUCCUCAUCAUGCAAUUACCAACUUCGAACUUGUAGAGGAGGCUCCGCACCAGGUUGGGUUUUCUACCCCACAAAUGACUGCCAAACAACUCAUGGAAAGCGUCUCCGAACUGGAUUUGCCCCCACUGACCCUAGAUGAACCACCGCAGGCCAUCAAAUUCAAUUUAAAUCUGUUUAACAAUGGCCCUUCUGAACAUCAGCAGCAGCAGCAGCCGAAUUCAACAUCUACGACCAUGGUGAACAGCAACAAUGGGAGUGCAGUUGCUACGCCCGGGGUAUAUCUCUUAAGUAGUGGUCCCUCUUUGACAGAUCUUUUAACAAUGAAUUCUGCAUAUGCAGGCGCAGGAGGGUACAUGUCUAAUCACCAUUCACCAUUCGAUUUGGGCUGCUUCAACCAUGAUAAACGGACACCUUCCGAAUUUAACCUGCCUUCAACCUUUCCACACACCAUGGUGUCAAAUUCUACUACGGCUUCAAACAGUUGCAGUAAUUUGGUCAAUCAACCCUACAGAGCAAUGAGCAAUGAGCAGCCAGUCGUGUCCUUAUCUCCCAAAAACCCACCAACAAUCGUUUCGGACUCCUCUUCCACAAUUCAUUUCAAUUCGAGCGCCAACAGUUUGUUGGAGCCAAAAAUGGAGAUAAAUGAUGAUGAUAGCAACGUUGAUCCAGCUACCAUAAGUGACAAGUGGCUAUCCGAUUUUAUUAAUAACUCUGAUCCGAAAUCUACUUUCAAGAUCAACUUCAAUCAUUUCAAUGAUAUCGGGUUUAUUUAUUCUCCGCCAUCUUCAAGAUCAUCAAUACCAAACAAAUCACCUCCUAACAAGUCUGCUCGAUCAUCUAACUCUGAAAAACCUUCUUUAUCACCUCGUCUAAAUUUAAACUUGAAUGAAAAUACAGAUUUACCAGUGACACCACAAAAUCAAGUGAAUGACCCCACUUAUUCAGCAUCUAUUACCAGAAGCUCCCAUAAAAGGCGUCGUGAUAGUGUUAUGAUGGAUUAUGACCUAUCUAAUUUUUUCAACUCGAGACAAAUGGACAUUUCAAAGGUGUUAACUGAGGAUGAUCCAAACAAUGGUGGUGUGGACGACGGUACUCUCACUUUGUCUUUUGCCAAUGAAACUGGUACUUCUACAACACAAAAAGAAUUACCAGCGCUUACUCCUUCGGAUUUGUUAUCGCCAUUUUCUCUUUCUUCAGCUUCACAAUUACUUUUCACGAAUGAACUAAGAAAUAUGAUACUAGUGGAUAAUAAUAUCGAUUCGGAAGCUUUUCCCACGACGAAUGAAUUGAAUGAAUAUGUAACGUACUACAAGGAGGAGUUCCAUCCUUUUUUUUCAUUUAUUCAUCUUCCUUCUAUCAUACCAAACAUGGAUAUUUAUCCCUUAUUACUCUCAAUUUGCAUGAUCGGAGCAUUAUAUGGGUUCCAUUCAACGCAUGCCAAAGUAUUCGCAAAUAUUGCGAGUACACAAAUUAGAAAAAGCUUGAAGGCUAGUGAGAUAAACCCAGAGAAAACAGAAUUAUGGGUUAUACAGACGUUAGUAUUGUUAACAUUCUACGGUAUUUUCAAUAAAAAUGCGACUGUAAUCAAGGGGAUGGAUGGUCAGCUGACAACAAUUAUCCGCCUUUUGAAGUCUUCUCGUUUAAAUUUACCCUUAGAGUCUAUCUGUCAGCCCCCUAUUGAGAGUGACCAUAUUAUGGAAUACGAAAAUAGUCCUGACAUGUUUUCAAAAAUAAAAGAGAAAUACAACGCACCUGAUCAAAUGGAAAGAAACUACAAAUACUUUGUGCUGGCACAGUCACGAGUCAGAACUUGCCAUGCGGUACUACUUUUAUCUAAUCUGUUUUCUUCUUUAGUUGGCGUUAACUGUUGUUUUCAUUCAAUGGACUUGAAAUGUGGUGUUCCAUGCUAUAGAGAAGAUCUAUAUCAGUGCCAAAACUCUAUUGAAUGGGCUAGCCUACUAUCUCAGUACAAAAUAACUUUAGAUUCCAAAUUUUCAUUGAUUGAAUUGUCUAAUGGUAACGAAGCUUAUGAAAAUUGUUUGAGAUUUCUUUCUACAGGUGAUAGCUUCUUUUAUGGAAAUGCGAAGGUUUCAUUAAGUACAUGUCUAUCAUUAUUGAUAUCUAUCCAUGAGAAAAUAUUCAUUGAAAGGAAUAAUGCAAGACUUAAUAAUGAUAACAACAACAUAAAGCUAGAUGACAUUGAGUGGAAGAUUACUUCAAGACAACGUAUUGAUACAAUGUUAAAGUAUUGGGAAAAUCUGUAUUUGAAAAACGGUGGCAUCUUAACACCUACCGAAAAUAGUAUCUCAACAAUAAAUGCCAAUCCAGCAAUGAGAUUAAUAAUUCCAGUGUACUUAUUUGCCAAAAUGAGACGAUGUUUAGAUUUGGCACACGUUAUCAAGAAAAUCUGGUUAAAGGAUUGGUCCAAUAUGAAUAAAGCUUUAGAAGAAGUUUGUUAUGACAUGGAUUCAUUGAGAGAGGCUACCGAAUAUGCCUUGAAUCUGGUAGAUGCGUGGACCUCAGUUCUCACCUAUAUCAAACGAGAUAAGCGCAGGGUCUUCAACACACCAGUAUUUACGACCACAUGCAUGUUUACUGCAGUACUAGUCACUUCAGAAUAUAUGAAAUGUGUAGAAGACUGGGCACGCGGGUAUAAUGCUAGUAACCCCACUUCGACAUUAUUAGAUUUUUCCGAUCGGAUUUUAUGGCUAAAAGCAGAAAGAAUUUUGAAAAAAUUACAGAUGAACUUGAUACCGAAAGAGUGUGAUGUAUUGAAAUCAUAUACCGAUUUCCUGAGAUGGCAAGACAAGGACGCCUUGGAUUUAUCAGCACUGGAUGAAGUACAAGCACAAAGGGCCAUGGAUCCAAAUACCGAUGUAAAUGAGACAAUUCAAUUGAUUGUAGCGGCAAGUCUCUCCUCAAAAUGUUUGUAUUUGGGUGUUCAAAUUUUAGGUGACGCACCAAUCUGGCCGAUUACAUUAUCGUUCGCUCAUGCCUUGCAAUCGAGAGCCAUUUAUAGUGUUACAAAAAAGAGAAACUCUAGAAUAUAG